AUGCUGGUGGUGGUCGGAAUCUUUGCCAUCCUCAUCCUCCUGUUUUUCGUCGUAAUCCCCUGCCUCAAGCGAGCCGCCGCCCGUAGCGCCGGCGAUCACUCUUCCGGAGAACUGUUUUCCCAAUCAUCACCGCGGGGCCGGCAGCUGGCGGCGGCGGACAAAAGGGAUGAAUGA